AUGGGGUCAAGCAAGCUUGGUGAUAUCCGCCGGCAGCCUUUCAGGCACGCUCAGGGAGUUGGGAGAACGCCUGCGGCAGAGACUCGAGACCUAGAGGCUGGGGGCCUGCGGAAUAGCCUGGGGAGCCGGUGGGAGAAGAGUUACUUGGGUUACAAGCUAACCCAUAUGUACUUAUUUUGGAAAGUGAAUUUUUAUUUUAUUUUUCUUUCAUAGAUUGGAUCACUUGAAAAUCACUACUUAUUCAAACAUAAAAACCAUCCCCGAAGGUCUCGAAGGAGUGCUUUUCAUAUUACUAAGAGAUUAUCUGAUGAUGAUCGUGUGAUAUGGGCUGAACAACAAUAUGAAAAAGAGAGAAGUAAGCGUUCAGUUCUAAGAGACUCAGCACUAAAUCUCUUCAAUGAUCCGAUGUGGAAUCAGCAGUGGUACUUGCAAGAUACUAGGAUGACUGCAUCCCUGCCCAAGCUGGAUCUCCAUGUGAUACCUGUUUGGCAAAAAGGCAUCACAGGCAAAGGAGUUGUUAUCACAGUACUGGAUGAUGGUUUGGAGUGGAAUCACACAGACAUCUAUGCCAAUUAUGAUCCAGAGGCUAGCUAUGAUUUUAACGAUAAUGACCAUGAUCCAUUUCCCCGUUAUGAUCCCACAAAUGAGAACAAACAUGGGACCAGAUGUGCAGGAGAAAUUGCCAUGCAAGCAAAUAAUCACAAGUGUGGGGUCGGAGUUGCAUACAAUUCCAAAGUCGGAGGCAUAAGAAUGCUGGAUGGCAUUGUGACUGACGCUAUUGAAGCCAGUUCAAUUGGAUUCAAUCCCGGACAUGUGGAUAUUUACAGUGCCAGUUGGGGCCCUAAUGAUGAUGGGAAAACUGUGGAAGGGCCUGGCCGACUAGCCCAGAAGGCUUUUGAAUUUGGUGUUAAGCAGGGAAGACAAGGAAAGGGCUCCAUCUUCGUCUGGGCUUCUGGGAACGGGGGACGUCAGGGAGAUAACUGUGAUUGUGACGGCUACACAGACAGCAUCUACACCAUCUCCAUCAGCAGCGCCUCCCAGCAAGGCCUGUCUCCCUGGUAUGCUGAGAAGUGCUCCUCCACCCUGGCCACCUCAUACAGCAGUGGCGAUUACACCGACCAGCGAAUCACCAGUGCCGACCUGCACAAUGACUGCACAGAGACCCACACGGGCACCUCAGCCUCAGCACCCCUGGCUGCUGGCAUCUUCGCUCUGGCGCUGGAAGCCAAUCCAAAUCUUACAUGGCGAGACAUGCAGCACUUGGUUGUCUGGACCUCUGAGUAUGACCCACUGGCCAAUAACCCUGGAUGGAAAAAGAAUGGAGCAGGCUUGAUGGUGAAUAGUCGAUUUGGAUUUGGGUUGCUAAAUGCCAAAGCUCUGGUGGAUUUAGCUGAUCCCAGGACCUGGACCAGUGUGCCUGAGAAGAAAGAGUGUGUUGUAAAGGACAAUGAAUUUGAGCCCAGAGCCCUGAAAGGUAAUGGAGAAGUUAUCAUUGAAAUUCCAACAAGAGCUUGUGAAGAACAAGAAAAUGCCAUCAAGUCCCUGGAACAUGUGCAAUUUGAAGCAACUAUUGAAUAUUCCCGAAGAGGAGACCUUCAUGUUACACUCACUUCUGCUGCUGGCACCAGCACUGUACUGUUGGCUGAAAGAGAACGGGAUACAUCUCCUAAUGGUUUCAAGAAUUGGGACUUCAUGUCUGUUCACACAUGGGGAGAGAAUCCCAUAGGCACCUGGACCUUGCGAAUUACGGAUAUGUCUGGAAGAAUGCAAAAUGAAGGAAGAAUUGUCAACUGGAAGUUGAUUUUUCAUGGGACCUCUUCUCAUCCAGAACACAUGAAACAGCCUCGUGUGUACACAUCCUACAACACCGUUCAGAAUGACAGAAGAGGGGUGGAGAAGAUGGUGGAUCCGGGGGAGGAGCAGCCCACACAAGAGAACCCGAAAAAGAACCCUGUCGUGUCAAAGAGCCCUAGUGGCGACAGUACAGGGGACAGGAGGAAUGAGCUGGCAGAGGCAGCCCCAUCCGAGGCGAUGCUGAGACUCCUUCAAAGUGCUUUCAACAAAAACUCACCCCCAAAGCAAUCACCAAAGAAGCCUCCAAGUGCAAAGCUCAACAUCCCUUAUGAAACUUUCUAUGAAGCCCUGGAAAAGUUGAACAAGCCUUCCCAGCUUAAAGAGUCCGAGGACAGUCUAUAUAACGACUAUGUUGAUGUUUUCUAUAACACGAAACCUUAUAAGCACAGAGAUGACCGGCUGUUGCAAGCUCUGGUGGACAUUCUGAGGGAAGAAAAUUAA